GUAGUCAGUACGCUCGCGAUGGUGCUAGCGAAAGUGCCGGUGUUUUGUGGAGUGUUGCUCCUCGUCGCAGCAACCUACGUACUCGCUCAAGCCCGCGCCAAGCUCCCUGCUGUUGACCCAAGUGAGAUCGCUCGUCAGAACAAAAUCACAGAAAUGAUUCUGACGCAGUAUCUCCAGAAGCGAUUCUUCCCCCACCUGAGUCCGCCCUCCAACUCCGUUAACAUCCUCCACGAGGCGGAUGACCGGGACACCCUAGAGACCGUGGAGUCCGAGCAGAUCCAACAGGUCUAUGACGACGCACAAGCCACUUUCGAAGGUGGAGAAUGUACGAACUGCGUAGAUGAUGGUCCAGCCCUCAACAGAUGGACGAUGCCUCUUCUGAAACUGGGGGAGAAGAGAUAUUAUCUCGGCAUCUUCUUCAAGGCCAACUGGUACAGGGCAGCACAGUAUUGUCGCUACCACGGAAUGCAUCUGGCUUCCAUCAACAGUCAAGAGGAGAAUGAUAAAUUAGAAAAACAUAUAAGAGAUUUUGGCCUCGGUCAUGAGCAUUUCUGGACGUCAGGUACGGAUCAGGCUGAAGAAGGAACUUUCUUCUGGAUGUCUACAGGAAGACCUGUGACAUUCACCAAUUGGAACACGGGAGAACCAAACAACUUCCGAUACGAGAACGGAGAAGAAGAACAUUGUCUGGAGCUUUGGAACAGAGAUGGCAAAGGUCUCAAGUGGAACGACUCGCCUUGUUCGUUUGAGACGUUCUUUGUCUGCGAAGUGGGACAGUGAGCGACUGAUCUGAACGAUCUGGCGAAUUCUUCCGGUCCAGUGACAAAGUGCUCGGCACGACUUACCAAAGUAUCUUAGGACUUGGACCUUAACUCAGGAGUGUCAGUCAUACUGAAGAAAUUCUGUGAAACGGACUACUUGCAAGUACAUAUAAUUUUUCAAAGCCAUAGAUGGUCAAUCUUUCAAAUGUCAAAAACAAAUUUAAAAAUUACCGUAUCUAAAUUAUCUAAAAAAAAUAUUUAUUGGUGGAAACUCUUACAUCACUAAAUGCGUCUAAUAUCCAGUUGUAACUAUUAAUUUUAGCUGCAUUGAUAAAUUAAUUUAACAUUAUUCAAAACAUUUUUGGUUAGUGUUGAUAUUUAAGAUGGCUCUUGUGCUAUUAAACUCAUGAGUGUACUUGCAUAAUCUGCAUUAAUGCAGAUUUUUUUGUGAUUUGUAAAUUUUUAGUUUUUGUACAUAUAACUUUAAAAACUGUAGGUUAUCUAGUGAUUUUAGUGAGUUAUUUAACAUUAUAGCAGUGACACUUUACUUCUCAUUUAAUGACAUGUUAUGACGUGACAUUAGUCGUUCAAACUACUGAGAAGGAAGUUACAUAAACAGUUCAAUCUCCUGAUCAUAUGUAACAGGUGUUUAACCUGAUGAAAGUUGUCUUGGCUGCAUUUUUACCCGCAGUAAUGUCAGGAAACGUUACACAUCUGACAUUCUCAAUCGGAUUAGUUGGAUUAUUUUUAAAUCAUCUGUUUGUGUAUCCUAUGUUGCUUGGAUUAAUUUUCACCUGACUCUUCUGUAUAGUCUUUGUUAGAAAAGCUCAAUAAAUUAUUCUAAAUCUUGAAAGUUUUCUUUUGAGAAGAAUAGGUCUAUAAAUUGGCAAAAGGUCUGUGUCCAGUCCAAAGCAGAUGUGUGUUUCUCUUUUAUUGUAAAUUUUGAACAUGUAAAAACAUUAUCAAAUUAAUUUUGACAUUUUGGCUAUCCAAAAUCAGCAACAUACCUAAUUGUGGUCUAUCUCAAUCAUGUGUAUUUUUGUAAAAGGUGUUGAUAAAAUAACAAACAAAAAAACAAUAAUUUCUGUUUUAGCAGUGUACUUUAUAUUCAGGUUAAAAUCUUUAAACCACACAAAACUAAAAUAAAAUAUACAAUCAUAUUUUUUUUAUUAGAAAAGACUCCCUUUUUUACUUGUAAAAUCUUCAGCUUAGGUUUAUUAGUGUUAGACUCUAUCAAAAUCACAAAUCUUGUACAGCCAAACAAUGUGUUUGAAAAAUAUUGUUCACAUAAACUUUAGGUUACGUUUUUGUCACUAAUCUUGUACAUUUGUGUAUAGUUUUCUUCUCUCUGUAAAAUAUCGCAUGUUCUGCGUGCUACCUGUACAUAAAGUAUUAAAUAAGUGAAUAACAA